AACGAAAUCAAGGUUUGAGAAGCUCAGUGGAAUGCCAAACUAUUGUGGGGUCAUUGAGACCACACAUCUAAAGAUGCACCUACACAAGUCUGAAGGUGAAACCGGUGUGUGGCUCGACAAGAGUAAUAACAACAGUAUGAAACUACAGGUGAUCGUUGACCCGACAAUGCGGUUUGUUGAUGUGGUUUCUGGGUUCUCGGGACGUAUGACUAAAAACGGUGUCCUUCACCAAUCGGAAAUGUUACGUUUGGCACAGAAAGGAGAGAAGCUAAACGGGAAUAGAGGAGAACUUUCUAAACGAACAACGAUUCCUGAAUAUGUAGUUGGAGAAUCGGGUUUUCGGCUACUUCCAUGGCUGACGACUCCAUACCAUGAUGCAGGACUGAAUGAAGAUCAAACUGAAUUUAACAAGAGGCAUUUAACAUAUCCAAACACCACCCUAAAAUGCAUCAAGAGAGACGAUACUGGAUCGUCUCUUGCGGAUUCAGAUGCAAAACAUUAGGAAAUACACAUAACUUUAGCAAUGAAAGUGAAAACAUUAAUAUAGAUC